CCAGGAUGAACAAGUGCCCUAAACCGGGUCUCUUGUGCGUUCCUGGGAAGGAAUGUGAUAAAGAACAAAACACGGCGACUGAUGCCUCAGGAUUUACUUUAGGCUUCUGAGAAAAAAAAAAUGCCUAGGGUUCAAGAAAAAGUAAUAAGGCGGAAUUCCAGGAUCACCCAACACCAAACCUCGACAGUUGGUAACCCGGACCCACUUUUGAGCAGAACGGUCAGGCCGGAAUAAGCCGUUUCCCAGUCUCGUCUGUCCCCUUGCGCUGAUUGAUCUAGGCUUCCCCUGCUAACAUGUCGCAAGGGAUCCUCUCUCCACCAGCCGGCUUGUUGUCGGAUGAGGAAGUCGUAGUCUCCCCCAUGUUUGAGUCCACUGCUGCAGAUUUGGGGUCUGUGGUGCGCAAGGAACUGCUGUCAGACUGCUCUGUCAUCUCCACCUCCCUGGACGACAAGCAGCAGGUUCCAUCUGAAGGAAGCAUGGAGAAAGUCAAAGUAUACCUGAGGGUCAGGCCCUUUUUACCUUCAGAGUUAGAACGACAGGAGGAUCAGGGUUGUGUCCGUAUCGAGAAUACGGAGACCCUUGCUCUACAGGCACCCAAGGACUCUUUUGCCCAGAAGAGCAACGAGAGAGGGAUUGGACAAGCAACACACAGAUUCACCUUUUCCCAGAUCUUUGGACCAGAAGUGGGACAGGCACCUUUCUUCAACCUGACUGUAAAGGAGAUGGUAAAGGAUGUACUCAAAGGACAGAACUGGCUUAUUUAUACAUAUGGAGUCACCAACUCAGGGAAAACCCACACCAUUCAAGGUACCAUCAAGGACGGGGGAAUCCUGCCCCGGUCCCUGACUCUGAUCUUCAAUAGCCUCCAGGGCCAACUUCAUCCAACACCUGAUCUGAAGCCCUUGCUCUCCAAUGAGGUAAUGUGGCUAGACAGCAAGCAGAUCCGGCAGGAGGAACUGAAAAAACUGGCCCUGCUAAGUGGAGGCCUCCAAGAGGAGGACCUGUCCACCUCUUUGAAGAAGAGUGUCUAUAUUGAAAGUCGGAUGGGCACCAGCACCAGUUUUGACAGUGGCAUUGCUGGGCUCUCCUCUACCAGUCAGUUUACCAGCAGUAGCCAGCUGGAUGAAACAAGUCACCGAUGGGCACAGCCAGACACAGCCCCUGUAAGUGUCCCUGCAGACAUUCGCUUCUCCAUCUGGAUCUCCUUCUUUGAGAUCUACAAUGAACUGCUUUAUGACCUGUUAGAACCACCUAGCCAGCAGCGCAAGAGGCAGACUCUGCGGCUGUGUGAGGAUCAAAACGGCAAUCCCUAUGUGAAAGAUCUCAACUGGAUUAAUGUUCAGGAUGCCGAGGAGGCCUGGAAACUCCUGAAAGUGGGUCGUAAAAACCAGAGCUUUGCCAGCACCCACCUGAACCAGAACUCCAGCCGCAGUCAUAGCAUCUUCUCAAUCCGGAUCCUGCAUCUUCAGGGGGACGGGGAUAUAAUCCCCAAGAUUAGCGAGUUAUCACUCUGUGAUCUGGCUGGCUCAGAGCGCUGCAAAGAUCAGAAGAGUGGUGAGCGGCUGAAGGAAGCAGGAAACAUUAACACGUCCCUGCACACCCUGGGCCGCUGUAUUGCUGCCCUGCGCCAAAAUCAGCAGAACCGAUCAAAGCAGAAUUUGGUUCCCUUCCGUGACAGCAAAUUGACUCGAGUGUUUCAAGGCUUCUUCACAGGCCGAGGCCGCUCCUGCAUGAUUGUCAAUGUGAAUCCCUGUGCAUCCACUUAUGAUGAAACCCUUCAUGUGGCCAAGUUCUCAGCCAUUGCUAGCCAGCUUGUGCAUGCUCCACCUCUGCAGCUGGGAUUCCCAUCACUACAUUCAUUCAUCAAGGAACACAGUCUGCGAGCAUCUCCCAGCUUAGAAACUGGAGCUAAGACAGACCCAAGCCUUGAUGAUGACAUUGAAAAUGAAGUUGACAUCUCCACCUAUGGCAAGGAGGAGCUCCUACAGGUGGUGGAAGCCAUGAAAGCACUGCUUUUGAAAGAACGGCAGGAAAAGUUGCAGCUGGAGAUGCACCUUCGUGAUGAGAUUUGCAAUGAGAUGGUGGAGCAGAUGCAACAACGGGAACAGUGGUGCAGUGAACAUUUGGACACCCAAAAGGAACUACUGGAGGAGAUGUAUGAAGAGAAACUCACAAUCCUCAAGGAGUCACUGACAAGUUUUUACCAAGAGGAGCUUCAGGAGCGGGAUGAGAAGAUUGAGGAGUUAGAAGCUCUCUUGCAGGAAGCCAGAGAGCAGUCAGUGGCCCAUCAACAACCAGGGUCUGAACUGUCCCUCCGGCGGUCACAAAGGUUGGCAGCUUCGGCCUCCACCCAGCAGCUCCAGGAGAUUAAAGCUAAAUUGGAACAAUGCAAAGCAGAACUAAACUCCACCACUGAAGAGCUGCGGAAGUAUCAGAAAAUGUUAGAACCACCGCCAUCAGCCAAGCCCUUCAUCGUUGAUGUAGACAAGAAGUUAGAAGAGGGCCAGAAGAAUAUAAGGCUGCUGCGGACAGAGCUUCAGAAACUUGGUGAGUCUCUCCAGUCUGCAGAAAGAGCCUGUUGCCAUAGCACUGGAGCAGGAAAACUUCGCCAAGCCUUGGCCACGUGUGAUGACAUCUUAAUCAAACAGGAUCAGACCCUGGCUGAGCUACAGAAUAACAUGAUGCUGGUAAAACUGGACCUUCGGAAGAAAGCGGCGUGCAUCGCAGAACAGUAUCAUACUGUGCUAAAACUCCAAGGCCAGGCUUCUACGAAAAAGCGCCUGGGUGCCAACCAGGAAAAUCAGCAACCAAACCAACAGCCCCCAGGGAAGAAACCAUUUCUUCGAAACUUACUUCCCCGAACACCCACCUGUCAAAGUUCAACAGACUGCAGCCCUUAUGCCCGGAUCCUGCGCUCACGGCGCUCCCCUUUACUCAAAUCUGGGCCUUUCGGCAAAAAAUACUAAAAUUGUGAGAAGGAGAAAGCAGUCAUUGCUCUGAGCUUAAGAAAUAGGCCUCUUUUGGAGUUCCCUGGUGGCCUGGCAGUUAAGGAUUUGGCAUUGUCACUGCUGUGGCUGGGGUUCAAUCUCUGGCCUAGGAACUUCUGCAUGCUGUAGGUGUGGCCUAAGAAAGAAAAAUAGGUCUCUUUUAAGCUUUACCAUAUAUAUACUUGGAACUCUUUUCAUAAUACAAUAUUCGGACACUAGUUAUUUUUCACCCUUUUUGUGUUAUAAUCACUUAUGUAAUCUUAUGCUUUUUUACCUAUAUCAUUUCUAUGCACACAAAAAAGUUAUAUUAAAUAAAGAUAUUAUUCACAUUUUAAA